AUGACUUCAAACUUGACCCUCCUCGAUGUCCCCGGGACUUCCACUCCUUUCCUGAGUCAACUGGAAACGGAUGCGAGUCCCGCCGUCUUUAUCAACACUUUUGUCCUCAGGUCUCACAAGGACGAAGAAGACUUUCUCGCGAACUGGGCGCGCGACGGGAAUCACAUGAAGUCUCAGUAUGGCAUGUUAUCAGGACAGCUUCAUCGAUCUGUGGGCCCAGAAGGCAACAUUUUUGUUAAUAUCGCUGUCUGGGAAUCUACCGAGGCAUUUCGCAAAGCAUUUUCCGACCCUGAAUUUAAGAAACACGCAUCGGGCUAUCCGGAGGGAACCAUCGCGUAUCCGGUCAUCCUAUCCAGGAUAGCCGUGAGCGGUGUGUGCACCGCUUGA